UGUGACAGAGGGAGAGAGAGAGAGAGAGAGAGAGAGAGAGAGAGAGACGUCCAGGAUCCAAACAUCAUCUACAAGGAACCAGUUAGACCUUCAUAGACGCCAUGAAGAAGAGCAGCAGCUGAACACCAUGGCCCAGGCUAAAGGGCGGAGAGAUGGCAUGGUGUCGUCCAAUGAGAACAGGCGUCGGACGCUGUCAUCAGGUGAGGUGGAGGGCGUGGCCUGGCAGGGGCCGCGGACCAUUUUCCUCCAGAAGAACUCGCAGGGAUUCGGCUUCACUCUGCGACACUUUAUCGUUUACCCGCCAGAGUCCUCGCUCCACAGCAUCAAGGAUGAAGAGAAUGGAAACACCACUGGAUCAGCAGGUCGGCGGCAAUCUCGCUUGGAGCCAAUGGACACCAUCUUUGUGAAGAGUGUCAAAGAAGAUGGACCUGCCCAACAAGCUGGACUGUGUACAGGUGACAGGCUGGUUAAAGUAAACGGGGAAAGCAUUCUUGGGAAAACCUAUUCUCAGGUGAUCACACUUAUCCAGAACAGUGAAAACAUUCUGGAACUCUCUAUUAUGCCAAAAGAUGAGGAUGUGUUGCAGUUGGUAAGUGCAUAUUCCCAGGAUGCCUACCUAAAAGGUAAUAAGCCAUAUUCAGGCGAAGCCCAGAACCUGCCUGAGCCUCCAUCUGCCGGUUACCCCUCCGCUCCUCCAAGCAUCAAAGCCUCCAAGCCUGGUCACAACCACCACACUCUCCCAGACAACUGGCAGUGUAGAUCCACCCCCACCAUCUCACCACUGGACAACCACCCACCUGCUGCUUCUACCCCCAUCUCCGGCUGGUCCGGGGGUCCGGAGAAUUCAAGUGGUCACUUUGCCCAGUCGGGGCGGCACCGCGGAGUCUGCUCUUCAGCUAUCAGCGCACUGGACUUUCACUUUGCUAACCACAAUGCUGCCAUUGCCUCCGCAACACUGCCUGCACCAAGGAAAAGCCGCCUGCCAGCAUCUGCCCGUGCCCAUGCCGACGCCCUCUGCCACCAGGCUCUGUCAGAGUGGUACUACAGCCAGGCUCAAGCCGCAGAGCACAUGUCCCCCCGACACCGCAGUAUAUCUCAGGAUCAUUUAGUGGAGUUGGGGUUGGGGUUGGCACUUGGUCCAGGCCCUACGUCUGUUCCCACAACAUCCUCAGAGCAACGUAGAAGAGAAACCUUACUGCACCACCACCAGGCAGCUGCUGCAUCUCAUGAUUCCUUUUGGCAGGGUAGCUGGAACGGUGUGUCCGGACCAGGAAGCAGGUCCUGCUCAGAGAGCCUGCUAGCAGCUUAUGCCGACUAUGAACACAACUAUGAGCGUUCUGUUGAAACGCUGGCACAAGCGUCUGCACUGAUCUUACCACGUUACGAACACAUCACACACAGUUCCACUACAACAAAGUUCAGCAAACAGACAGACCAUAAAGCCUCAGAGGGAUAUCAGCACCAAACCACAGUGAUUCCUCCCAUCACAACCUCCUCCUCAAUGCCUCCAAUUGGUAGGCAGUCAGGUCAGCAGAUAGCUGAACCCCAAACAAGGAGAGUAAAAGCAGAGGAACUGGUUGGCUACAAAAGCUACAGUCCUUCUUUCUCCCGCAAAACUGGUCAUCUCUUACAGCAGGCACACUCCUUCAGAGAGCCCGGCUACAGUGGCCCCCACUUAACCUGGAACUCUGGCCGCAGAAGCAGUCCUGCAGACAGCAAGGAGCAGGUGGUACCAAGGCCCCAGUCCACACCAACCAUGUCUGGAUCAGAAGAGGAGCAAGUUCAGCUGAGGGACGACAGGGAGGUCAUCGCUCCCAUCUCUGUGAAUCAAGAGGUAGUCCUUAGGCAGAAGCCUCCUGCAAGCCGCCGGGCUCCUGUUCAGGCUCUUCGUCAUUCUUACUACACAUCACAUGUGGACUCACCAGAGCCUCCUGGAUUGACACCUUCAUCAGGCACUCCCUCUCCUGUGUCUAUGGGGCCCAGCCCAAAACAUGGGGCCAAUGGGAGCCUGGCACAGCAUGCACUUGACUCUUUGUCCUCCAUUCCCUUCAUAGGAAGUAUAAAAGGACGCCGCUCCUCUUACCUUCUAGCUAUCACCACUGAAAGAUCCAAGUCCUGUGAUGAAGGGCUCAACAACUUUAGGGAAGAAGGUCGAGUCUUCUCCAAACUACCAAAAAGGGUCAAGAGCUUUUUCACCGAUGGGUCUCUGGAGAGUCUUCGAGCUCAGGAGGAGGCCCGGUCCAAGCGCCACUCCACCUCUGAACUGGGAACCAUCACCUUCAGUGAUGUGCGCAAGGAGGGCUGGUUACACUACAAGCAGAUCCUCACAGAGAAGGGAAAGAAAGUUGGCAGUGGCAUGCGCCCUUGGAAACGCGUCUUCUCUGUGCUGCGCUCCAAUUUGCUCUUCCUCUACAAGGACAAGCGGGAGGCGGUCCUUCAUGGGGCAGGGGCAGGGCCCAGCCAGGACGAGCACCCCCCAGUGAGCAUUCGCGGCUGCCUAAUUGAUAUAGCCUACAGCGAAACCAAGCGUAAGAACACCCUGAGGCUCACAACGCAGGACUUCUGCGAGUACCUGCUGCAGGCCGAGGACCGAGACGACAUGCUGGCCUGGAUAAGGGUCAUCAGAGAAAACAGCAAGACUGAUAACGAGGAGAUUGGUUUCUCAAGACAAGCUCUGAUCAACAAGAAGCUUAACGAUUACAGAAAACACAGUCUGACAGGCGGCAAACCAGAUACCUCUCCCAAAAUCCAUCGCAUGAAGCCCCCCUUCCUCCUGGCCAAGACUGACAACACCUCGGUGAGCCGCUCUUCCAGAACAGAUGACAACAAGGCACUGUGGGGCAUCAAUAUCAUGAAAAAAGCCAAGAAGACAGGCAGUCCAAAGGCCUUUGGCGUGCGACUGGAGGACUGUCAGCCAGCUGUCAACCAUAAAUUUGUCCCACUGACAGUGGAGAUGUGCUGCACCAUGGUGGAGGCGACUGGCCUGGACUACACAGGCAUUUACCGGGUCCCGGGAAACAACGCCAUGGUGUCCAACCUUCAGGAGCAUCUCAACAAGGGCCUGGACAUCAACACUGCUGAGGAGAGAUGGCAGGACCUAAAUGUGAUCAGCAGUCUCCUUAAAGCAUUCUUCCGAAAAUUGCCUGAGCCUGUGUUUACUGAUGACAAAUACAAUGACUUCAUUGAUGCCAACCGAAUAGAAGACGCAGAAGACCGUUUGAAGACCAUGAAGAAACUGAUCUGUGACCUUCCAGAUUACUAUUACCACACCCUCAAGUACCUGGUGGGUCACCUGAAGAAGGUGGCAGAUAACGCUGAAAAGAAUAAGAUGGAGCCAAGAAACAUAGCCUUGGUGUUCGGUCCCACUCUGGUGAGGACGUCAGAGGACACCAUGACCGACAUGGUCACUCACAUGCCUGACCGCUACAAAAUAGUGGAGACACUUAUCCUGCAUUACAACUGGUUCUUCGGCGACGGAGAACUGGAUAAGGAAGAGAAGGCUCCAGAGGAUAAACAAGAAACGCAGCCUGUGCCCAAUAUUGACCAUCUGCUGUCCAACAUUGGCAGACCAGGCAUGCCAGGGGAGGCGUCUGAUUCCACACCCAACGAUUCACUUAAGUCAAAGCAUUCCUUGAACUCCAAGAAAGACCUGAAUGCCAGGGACUUAAUGCCCAAAUCCAUUAUCAGCGCUGUGACCAGAAAACGUAAGAAAUGCCUCAGUACUCACUUGCCGGGCAGCAGCGAGGACGAGGACACCGAGCACGAGCCAGUCAAAGCCAGUAACUGCAGGGCAGGAGGCGGCGGUGAGGAGGACAGAGGCGAGGAAGAGGUCAUCAAGGGAGAACAUAUUCCUAAAAAGGAAAAAUGGGAUGAAAAGGGAAAUGGGGUAAAGGAUAAAGAAAACCUAGUGGGAAUAGAAGAGGCUGGAGGGGAUGUAGAAAAGGAAACAGGCACUGGAACAAAAGACCCUGAAAGCGAGAGCAGGCAGAGAACGACCAUCCCGAGAAGUCGACUGCAGCAGCGCCCCCACAGUUUACUCUACUCGCAUCAUCAAAUCCAUGCGACAUACCCGAGACACUCACCUGAGAUUAAACCCGCCUCACACACGAGAGCCGACAAUCUGCCAACACGACGGCCCACCGUACCUCUCUGGAUCUCCCCCAACAGGCCUCCCAGCCUCUACCACGCUUCCAGCUUUCAAGGAACCCAGCAUCCUGACUGGAACCAGCCAGUGCCAAUUCGCUACAGGAAGUCGAGAGGAGGCAGGACAAGGGCCGUGUCCAUGAAUGUGGACCUUGAGCUGGGCAGGAACGAUGACAGAGUACGAGGGUGGAGAGCAGAGAGGGUGGAGGUGAUCAGAGUCAUUGAAGGGGCACCAGGUCAGCAUGGGCACAUUGGGAUUCCUCAGGGUUCAAUUGCAGGCCCCAGGUCAAUUCAGCAAAUAGAUCCCAUCCCUCAUCUUGCCCAGAGAGCUCCCCCUAUCUCAUCCUCAGGAUGGAUUGAUCACACCUCUCCAGGAUCAUCCACGGUAGUUCUGCGGAGAUCGGGACUGGAUCCACGUGACAAGACAAGAGCCCGUCGUCGCCAUACAGUGAUAAUCUAAUCGUAGUUUAACCCAUUAAUGUAUUGCCAAGUUCUCAGUAAACACUGGAUCACCCGCUGUAACGGUUACUAAAGCAAAUUACUUGAAAGGUUUUGUCCUUCUUGGGAUUUUACAGAGAUAGCUUUUAGGUUUCUUGAAUUGAAAUUAGUGCCAUUAAUUUUUAAACAUUUGCUUGAUUGUCAUUGCUGUCCUUAUACACUGUACAAAUAACAUUAGGGUUAAGUUCCUGGUAUUGAUCCAUAAUUCCAUUAUAACCUUUCAGAACAAUUUAAAUCAAGUGGUCUGAGAAACCUAGACAUCUGCUCCACCUAUGGUGCUUUUCCACUGUACAUUUCCAGCACGACACCACUCGAUUUGGUAUCCUUUUCCAUGACUUUAUAGCUCCUCCUCAACGUGGACGGAGUCGUCAGCGUAAUGGCUGUGUGAAACUGCUGUGACGUGGUUUUAUACGGGACACAAACACACAAACUUGUGACUUCGGUGUAACUGAAUCUUUAGA